CAUACAAGUGGAGCUGAUCUGAGCUUGCUUCUUUUAGAUGUUCUGAAUAAUGCAAAAUCACCAGUAUCAGAUGAUACAAUAGCUCGAGUUACAGGCCUGUUCGAAAAAAUGGAUCCAGAAUGUCCGGAGAGAUACCCAUAUCUGACCAAAGCCAUCAACUGGUCUCGUAAAGUGGAUAAGGAUCACAGUAAAAGAGGGCAUCCUGAUCUUCAUCAACGGUUUGGUGUUAUAUUCUGGCAUGAAAGAAAUUAUGCACAAGCAAGAUAUCACUACAUUCACUCAACUGAUGGGGAAGGAUGUGCUCAGAUGUUAUUAGAGUUCCACACUUCUCAUGGCUAUCCUUCAGAGGUGGACAUGUUCAUCACACAGGCUGUGUUACAAUACCUGUGCCUUCAGAAUAAAACCACUGCCAAUAUUUGUUUUGAGAUGUAUACCCAAAAGCAUCCCAAAAUUGAUAAUGGGCCUCCGUAUAGGUUGCCAUUGCUAAAUUUCAUCUGGAUGCUCCUUGUUGCUUUAGAAGGUGGAAAGCUUGCAGUGUUUACAGUUUUGUGUGAAAAGUACCAAGUUUCAAUAAACAGGGAUCCACAUUACAAAGAGUACUUAGAUCAAAUUGGACAGUUAUUUUUUGGAGUGCCACCCCCACAACGAACUCCUCAGGGUUUAUUUGGUAACUUCUUGCAGAACAUGCUCGGAGCUGCUGGCAGUGAUGAUGAGGAGGACGAGGAAAACCUAGUUGCCGGCAAAGGUGCUUCCUCCAGUGGCUCCACCAACAGUCGCAUGGCCAGCGGUUCCUCCUCCCUGCUCAGGGACAGCAGUUCCCCUCUCAUGGCCACGAGUGCCAGUCCGAGUAAAACAGAAAAGACGUUUGAUUUGGAUUGACCAAGCCAGGUCCCCCCAUGCCUCACCCCCCUUCCCUGCCCUCCCCUCCCCUCCGUAAGGUCUUUCUUUGAGCAGACUGUUCGUUUGUCUUAUGUAUGGCUGGACAAUAUUGUGGAAAGAUAGUGUAAAAUGGUCAUAAAUGAAUUGUGGAGUUUGGAUGGAUUUUAAGUGUAGGUGGAGUGAUGGUGUAAAUUUUUCAAGAAUGUGUCGGGUGUUUGAAUGGUGUUAAAAGAUUAAAAUUAUUGAGUCUUUGAAUUUCACCUCAAAACUGCAAGUGGAGAAUUGUUCUAAGCCUCAGCAUUUAUUUCAAACACAAAAUAAUGUCCUUGUUUUGCAGUUUUGUUUGAAGAAAAAGGGCUAUUAGCUCUGUUGAAAUUAUGUUAUGUAAAUGGAGAUGACAAGCAGUGAGGUAAUGAAGCUCCUCUAUAUGAAUUGUUGGCUGGUUUUAUGUGAUGAUAGGCAUGAGGAUUAAAAGAAAGGGUUGCUAGAAAUGCUUGGAUAUGCCUGUCGGUCAAAUACAUGAUGAUUAUACAAU